GAACACGGAGAAGCCAUGUCUAAGUCUAAGAUGUCCCUCAGACACUAAGUCGGUGAAAAACGUCAGGUGGAAGAACACCAUGGCCACGAUGACAGAGCUGAGUCCCACAGAGAGGAAGAGUAAAUUCUCCCAAGAUAAACAAGUGGAUGAGAAUCUCGUUCCCAAGAAAGUUCUAAGCUUCUGCUCCACUCGCUACGGACUAGCCUUCAUCACACAUCUCUGCAACGUUAUGCUGAUGGCACAGUAUGUUGCCAUCAACAUCACCAUGGUAGCCAUGGUCAAUGGCACACACCAUCAGUCCCGGCUUAAUGGCUCCACCGAGACGCUGCCCACUGAGUCAUUUGGUGGCUCAAAUGAUGUGCCUAAGAGUCUCCCAGCAGAGGCCCCCGUGUAUGACUGGAGCCCUCAAAUUCAGGGCAUCAUUUUUGGUUCUGUCAACUAUGGCAUGAUGCUGACGGUGGUUCCCAGUGGGUACCUGGCUGGAAGAAUAGGAACAAAGCGACUGGUUGGUGUUUCUUUGGUUGGAUCCUCCCUUCUGGCUAUCUUCACCCCUCUGGCAGCUGACCUUGGACUGGCCUUCCUCAUUGCAACUCGAAUAGUCCAGGGUCUAAUGCAGGGAUCGAUAUUUGGGGGCCAGUAUGCGCUUUGGGAGAGAUGGAGUCCUCCACAUGAACGAAGCCAACUCUGCACCAUCGCUUUGUCAGGAAUGAUGUUGGGAACCUUUGCCAUCAUCCUCCUGGGCGGCAUCAUCAGCCAAACCCUCGGGUGGCCUUUUGUCUUCUACAUCUUUGGCGGCAUUGGCUGCGUCUACGCCCUUCUCUGGUUUGUGCUCGUGUAUGACGACCCCCUCGCUCACCCGUGGGUAAACGUCACAGAGAGAGAAUACAUCAUAGCCUCCCUGGCCCACCAGGUCAGCCCUCGGAAGCAGCCCCUUCCCAUCAAGGCCAUGCUCCGGUCUCUGCCCCUGUGGUCCAUCUGUCUGUGCAGUUUCAGCCAUCAGUGGCUAGUCACCAUACUGAUUGUGUACAUGCCGACCUACAUCAGCUCUGUGUUCAACAUUAACGUCAGAGACAAUGGGCUCCUGUCUGCCCUCCCCUUUGUCAUCUCCUGGGUCACUGGCAUCCUGGCAGGCCAACUGGCAGACUUCCUCCUGACCAAGAACUUUAGGCUUGUGACCGUGAGGAAAAUUGCCACAUUUCUUGGAAACUUCCCAUCUACAGCGCUCCUUCUGGCUCUGCCCCACCUCACCCCCAGCUACGUCACCACAGUGAUCCUCCUCACAGUCUCCUGUGGCCUCAGCCCCAUCUGUCAGUCAGGGGUCUAUAUCAACCCCCUAGAUAUUGCUCCAAGGACCCUGAAUUCGGAUGGAGAAACGUCUACUUGUUGCUGUUUGCCAUUAACCUAUCAGGACUGUCUUUCUACCUUGUGUUUGGAGAUGCCAUUAUCCAGGACUGGGCUAAAGAGAGGAAACUCACUCGUUUAUGAAGUUAUCCCACCUCGAUAUGACGGAAAGUCACUGGGGACCUCCCUUCACAAAGGAGAAGCCUUCCGUGAUGAGAACAGCAGCAGAAAGAAUCCUGUUUGCUGAGAUCAGUUCUUUAUGUCACUUUCCUUCUGAGGAAAAUAUCCGAUGAAUGGAAAUUCAAAUAAAGCUAUAACCAUGAACAAA